ACAGUAAAAACCUAGACGUAAAAGAAAUAUGCCUAUAUUACGUAGUUCCAAGACAACUUAUAGCCCAAAAAAUUGAUCAUUAAAAGAACCUUUGAUCAUUUUUCAGUGAUAACGUAUUCCGAUUAAAAUCUUCAACGUUUUGGGGGUUAUUAUUGAAUAUUUUAAUGAUAUAAAAUCUGACCAUGUCGGAGUACAGUGUUAUUUCGGACCCAGAGGCGCUGAUAGAAUGUCCGUACGACAAAGUGCACAUGAUCCGAGCCAAACGCUUCCCGUACCAUCUGUUAAAGUGUAAAAAGAACUAUGUAGGAAGUGAAUUCUCAGUGUGCCCUUUCAACGCGCGCCACGAGAUGCCGAAACCCGAACUCCGGUAUCACAUGGCCAACUGUCCUGACCGUGCCAGACUGGAGAAGGAUCUCGCGUACGAGUCCAGUUUAAAAAGUGAAGAUGGGUCGCUGUUUAAAGGCUGCACCGAUGUUCCGGCAUACAAGUCAUCUGUCGACAUGAACGAAAACUGGGAUCAUGAACUGCCGAUGUCUGUCCGUAUUGGCGUACAUCCGAGCUUCUUUGAGAAAUGUCAGUACAAAAAUCUCACAGGGUUCACCCCAGCACAGAAGAGAGCAUUUUACGAGAAUCUCAAAGAGGGCCAUGAUGGGCUUGUCCCGAGGACCCAGACCGAAAUGAGUUCUGCCAUGGAUGUAGCGAGUCGACUAAGAGUUCCACACAAAGCCUCUGAGGCACUCAAGCUGAUGCCCACCGUUCCCACGGUAACGCCGAAACCACCGAACAACGUCUUCAUGUACUCACUAUCCAUGGCGGGAGUCGGGCGCGGCAGGGGAGUGUUAGUCAAUGUGGACAAAGGACCGACACUGGGCAUCUCUACAGGGGUAGGAAGAGGAUUGAUGGGCAUUGGAAGAGGAGUAGCAGAUUGGACUUUGCUUUUUUCUGAAGGUGAUAAGAAAUUGUCCAGUCAUUUUUUGUGUUUCAGGGUUUGUUAUGCAGUUUCCAUGACAAAUCUUCAUUAUGUUUGUUCAAAAAUAUGCACAAAGUCUGAUGUUUCUUAUUCUUCUCUUCGAACUCUCAAGAGCAAAUGUGCAUUGAUCUUUGGUUGGGUGCCUCCCUGCAUAUAGUUUGAACCAGCUAAUUCCUGUCAGACUGAAAACGAGUUGCUAGUUUAGUUGACCCUUUGACCAGUCGAACUUAGAUGACUCUACGAGGAGGCGAAUCCUGUUGUAACUUUUCUCGACAGUGAGGCAUGCAGUCAUUAUCUACCUCUCCAUGUCAAGGAGUGGAUCAUGAUAUAAGAGUGAUGUUUAAUCAACUUCUUUACACAAAAAAAACACUUUUGGUUUUUGUCUGCCUCUUAUUGGACUGGAAAAUACAUUUAUAUUUUAGACUUACAUCUACCCUUUGACCAGUUCAGUUCGUGUGACCCUGUAAUGAGAUGAAGCUCCCACUGGUAUAGCUAUCUGGGUCACUGAGACAUACAAACAGUUAACUACCUCACCAUGUCAAGGAAUGAACCACCAGACAGUCUGAUGUUUGAUCAUCUGCUUUACACAUAAACAAAGUGUUUUGUCAUAUUGGUUUUUGUCAUCCUCCUAUAAGACUGGAAAACACGUGUAUAUUUUAGACUUACAUCUACCCUUUGAGUAAUUCAGCUUGGAUGACUCUACCAGAAGUCCAAGCUACGACUGGUAUAGCUCUCGAAGUCACUGAGACGUGUAAACUACCUCGCCUCGUCAAGGAAUGAACAGUCUGAUGUUGGAUCAACUUCCAGAAGUCCAAGCUACGACUGGUAUAGCUCUCCAAGUCACUGAGACGUGCAAACUACCUAACCUCGUCAAGGAAUGAACAGUCUGAUGUACGAUCAACUUCUUCAAAGGGACAGACCCUAGUUUUUAAACACUAUGGCAUAUUUUUCAUCUAGACCAUCGUAUCAUCUCAUAAAAUAGGACAUUAAGUUUGGUUAAUUUACAAACCUGUAACAUAUUUGGAUACAACAGAGUGAAACAAGUCUGAGAGUGAAAUACCCUUAAAAAUAGACUAAAACACGACUCCAUAACCCUUACUUGUCAGACGCGUGUGUAUUUUUAAAAAUAGACUAAAACGCGACUCCAUAACCCUUACUUGUCAGACGCGUGUGUAUUUUUAAAAAUAUGAAAAAUGCAUUUUGUGGUAUUAAAAAGACCAGGAUGACCAGAAACACUUCGUUUGUACGGAAAUGGAUAAUCUAAGCAACAAAAUAUAAGUAAUGUUUGAUUUCAGUGAUCAUAAAUGGCUCUAAUAUUAAAAAAUAUGCCUUAGUGUUUAAAAACCUAUAGACUGUGCCUUUAAACAAAGAGAAGUGUUUUGUUAUGUUGGCUUUUGUCUCCCGCCUGUCUUGGAUGACUCGGCGAGGAGCUGAAGCCCACUGAUCUCUACAAGCUACCUCACCACGUCAAGGAAGGAACCAUCUAUGAAAUGACUCUGAUGUUUGAUCAGAUGCUUUACACAAACAAUUCUUUUGUUAUAUUGGUUUUUGCUUACCUCCUAUCACAGUGAAAUACACGUUAUUUUAGUCUUGUCGUCCAUCCGUCUGUCAGUCUGAACUAGACCUUGACUGGAUGAUUGCAUUUGACAGGAUUGUUUUUUUGUUUUGGUUUUUUUUUUCAUUUCAUCAGAGAAAAUAAAGUGAUUUUCUUCUGUGA